AUGGAGCCUGAGGUUCCGUCGCCACCGUCUCCCCGGAGCGACGACCACAACGGAUGGACCCUCGUCGAGCGGCCUAACGCUGACGGUGUCACGGAAUCAUUUGAAACAAGGCCGCGUGCGGCCAGCCCAGGGCCUGAACACGCAGCCGAGGCGUUGGGAGAGCAAGAAGAUUUACAAGAUGGACUCAAAUCUCCUGCGCUGGCCGCGGCGCCAUCCGGCCCCACUGUGGAAGAGCCCGCCACUCCCACCGGUGCUUCCGGCCCACACGCUGGAUCCUGCGGUGACCUGUCCUGUCCGCAUUUGCAUGGCCAAGACCUCGACCACUUCCACUCCCUGGCUGACCAUACUGCCGUGGCUGGCUGCUGCGUCGGCGCAUGCGGUAAUGGUGGCGGCGGCUCGUCGGGUUGGAACUUUGACCGACACCACCACGAGCGCCUGCGAGCUGUGAGCCGCCUAUCCGGGGAGGGCGCCUUGGAGGGUUUCCAAGACCCGCAGGAUCUGCUGUUCGCCGACUCCGCGGCGCCGGGCGCAGCUGCGCGGUCUCCAAGCUCGUUCCGCAUUCAUCUCGGUAUGACGUCGAUUCGUUCGUUUCCGAUUUGCUCCGGUCCGUUCCAGAUCGGUGGCGGCACGGCCACUGACCUUUACGCUGAGGGAGAUGCCGGCGGCAGCGGCGGCGCUGCAGGCGCUGGCGGCACGGUGUCGCUGGGCUGGGACGCCCUAUUGUCCAACGUGUGGGUCGACCUCCUGCGCGAACUGGAGGAUGUGCGGGCGCUGGUCACUAUGACGGCGGCGGCGUUGUGGGAGCGAGUGCAGGAGGGCCGCUUGGCUGUCGCGGACUGGGCAGCAGCGGCACGCGAGUCGGCGCAGAAGACCGCCAAGUCCAUGGGCCGCCCCGGCUGCCCUCUAUGGACCCUGAUUGGCAUUAGCGGGCUGGCGGCCAUGGCCCUCGCGGCCCUGGCGACCCAAGUGGUGGUGAACCGCCGCCUGGCGUCGCAGUUGCGCCAGCGCGACAAGGACCUGGCUCGGCUGGUGGUCAAGAUCCUCAACCUGCAGGACGCCCUGCAGAGCGCCUCACGUGCCGUACCCGUCCUACGUACCUCCUCCCUGGAGCGCUUUGCCACCACCACCACCCUCAUUGGCAUGGUGUGA